UGACGUGCUCGGGUCACAGGACGUGGACUGUGCGCGUCAUGCAGCAGAAACAGGAGCGAGAAUAGAAACUGACAGUGACAGAGCUCGGUGAGACAAACACAGUAACUUCAAAAUGCAGCCUUCCUCCUGUGACACCUUCGUGGCUCUGCCUCCUUCCACUGAGGGACAACGCAUCAUUUUUGGGAAAAACUCUGACAGGCCUUGUGAUGAAGUCCAGGAGGUGGUGUAUUUUCCUGCCACAGACCAUGCUGCAGGGGAGAAGGUUGAGUGCACAUACAUAGAGAUCGAGCAGGUUGCCCACACGCAUGCAGUGGUGUUGAGCAGGCCGGCGUGGCUGUGGGGGGCAGAAAUGGGCGCAAAUGAGCAUCAAGUGUGCAUUGGAAACGAGGCGGUGUGGGGCAGAGAGAGUGCUGACGGUGAUGAAGCUCUUCUGGGCAUGGAUCUGGUCAGACUUGGACUUGAGAGAGCCGAUACAGCCGAGGGAGCUGUGGAUGUUAUUACCAAGCUGCUGGAGAAAUACGGACAGGGAGGAUCUUGCAUGGAGGAUGAGUCCGGCUUCACCUACCACAACAGCUUCCUCAUCUCAGACAGGAUGGAGGCAUGGCUGCUUGAAACGUCCGGGAGGUACUGGGUGGCAGAGAGAGUGAAAGAUGGAUAUCGCAAUAUCUCAAACCAGUAUGGCAUAACGACUAAGAUAGACAAGGAACACCCAGAAAUGAGGGAAUAUGCACGAAGCAAAGGCUGGUGGGACGGAAAGACUGAAUUCAACUUUGCCACAGUCUACUCCUUCACGACGACAGCCAGAAUAGAAGCCGCUGGGGGUCGAUACUGUGAGGGGAAGAAGUUGCUGGAGAAGAACAACGGUCAUAUCAAUGCUGAGGCGAUGAUGGAGAUCCUGAGGGAUAAAGACAGUGGCGUCAACAUGGAGGGCAUGUUCAUGACAACAGGAAGUAUGGUAUCAGUGAUACCCAGGGAUCCUACUCUGCCAGGGGUACACUAUUUCACAGGAACGCCAGACCCUGAAAGGUCUGUGUUUAAACCUUUCAUCUUUGUGAAAAACCUGAAGCCACUGAAGGAGACUUCUUCACCCAGCUAUGGUGCAGAUGACCCCGUGAAGAAGAAACCACGCUUCCAGAGCAAGCCUGAUCGCAAACACGAGUUAUUUGUCAAACAUGAACUAGUGGCUGCCAUCAUUGAAUGUCACAAGGACAGAGGGAAGAAGAUCACGCAAAGUAUGAGGCAGCUAGAGAAGGAAAAGAUGACCGAGAUGGAGGAGCAUCUUUCAAAUGGUGUUGAUGAACCUGAUUUUUUGGUGAAUCUGUUCUCAACAUGUGUCCAGGAGGAGAUUGCUGUGUACAGUAAAAGCUGAGCGACUCCCUACAUGUUGGAACAAGAACACAGGUCUCCAUAAGUUAACCCUUUCAAUCAGGUAUAAAUACAAAUAUGCUUGUAUUAUAAAUAAGUGAGCCAGAACAAAUUCAUCAUGUGAUACACGAUUUGAGGGUUUGGUAAUACAGUUUUAUUUUAAAACAAAUCUA